AUGGGCAACGAAGCGAGCCUGGAGGGCGGCGAAGGCUUGGCCGGGCUUCCCGAAGGUGUGGCAGGGGCCGCAGUUGGAGCAGGAUCCGCUGAUGACGGGGUGCAACAAGGUCCCCCCGUCCAGGGCGCGAUCCCAGCCGGCGUGGAGACGGAUCUGAGCCAGCUGAGCGAGGAGGAGAGGAGGCAGAUCGCCGCCGUCAUGUCAAGGGCGCAGCAGGGGCUGUCUAAAGGGAACCUUGCCGGCGCCACCAGCGCGGAGUCGCUUACCUCGCACAGACAUGCUCCGCUUGAUACCAGUCAACAUCCAAGACAGCCAGGCAAGCCUCCAGAUCCUGUGCCACAUACUCUAAGCAAAAGCAGAACAGUAGAUGCAUUGAAAGCAGAGCAACAGGUGCCUGGAAGGAGCCCGUCUUCCACAAGUCUGAGACAGUCUAAAUCACGAACUGAUUUUAAAGAAGAUCAGAAGCCAAGUAUGAUGCCCAGCUUCCUCUCAGAUGUCAACCCAUUUGGUGCAGUCACUUCGGUUGUAAACAAAUUCAAUCCUUUUGAUUUGAUAUCUGACUCAGAUUCAGCCCAGGAAGAAGCUGCCAAGAGACAGAAACCUAUUCAGAAAGAACAGGAUAAAGCUGAACAGCAGAAAGGACCCACCAAGCAACCAGCACAACAACAAUCUCCAAGGCCAACAGGUCCACAACAAGGGACUGGCAAACCAACCUCACAGAAAACAGGACCUUCCAAACAGGUGCAACAGUCACAGCAGCAACAGCAACCUGGCAUACCUAAGCAGGCUCAGAAACCAGGGCCUGGCCAACCAAUAGUCCCACAGUCAGAAGAAGCAAGACAACAGCAAGGGCCACCAAAAAGUCAGUCCCAACGACCAGAGUCUACAAAAUCUACCCAACAGCAGAGUCCUGCAAAACCUUCACCACCACAACCAGGAGCAGCAAAAGCAACAUCAUCACAUCAACCUGAUGCUGCUAAAACAUCCUCGCAGGCACCUGUUCCUACAAAACCGGCAGGCCAACAAGGGAUGCCACCUGGCAAGCAGCCAUCUCAGCAGGCAGGAGGGCUCACAAAGGCUGUUCCCCCACCAGGAGGGACCAGCACACAACCAUCACAGCAGCCAGGAGGUCCAGCAAAGCCAGCUCCUCAACCAGGAGGUCCCAUAAAGCAAACAUCACAGCAGUUUGGAGGGCUGGCCAAGCCAUCGGUUCAACAGGCUGGGCCCGCAAAGCAAUCACAGCCACAGGCAGGACCUACAAAGAUAACUGACCAACAGCCUGGGCCUCUCCAGCAACAACAAGCAGCUUCUUCUCUGCCCGAAGGCUCAGCCCCCAAGAAAACUUUUUGUCCUCUUUGCACUACCACAGAACUGCUGUUGCACGCUCCUGAAAAGGCCAAUUACAAUACAUGCACUCAGUGUAAAACUGUAGUUUGCAGUUUGUGUGGGUUCAAUCCUAAUCCUCAUAUAACAGAGGUUAAAGAGUGGCUCUGUUUGAACUGCCAGAUGCAAAGAGCUUUGGGUGGCGACUUAGCUCCUGUUCACGGCCCUGGACCACAGCCCUUGACAUCCAAACAAAUAACACCUGCUUCAGGAAAACCAGUGUCCCAACCACAGGAGCCAGCACAGAAGAAAGAAGUUGCUUUGAAACCUGACGCUGCCACAUUACCUGAAAGCAAAAAGCCACCAACAGAGGCAAGAGAGUUAUCUCAGUCAACAGAAUCCACCCCAAAACCUGUCCAGCCCAAGUCAGCAGUGGUUGAAGAGAAACAAAAACAGUCUAAUAUUCAGAAACCCAUAAGAGAUGUUGGGCCAACACAUUCCCCAUCAGAUACUAAGCAAGAUCCAAGAUCAGAGGCUGCCAAGCCAUCUCAAGACACAUCUACGCUUGUAGAUAAAUCUGCUCCCCCAGAUGCUAAAACGUCACCUCAAGUGUCUCAGCAGAAGUCUGAUCCCAAACUUGUUUCUCAGUCUGCAUCUGGAUUGGAUACUAAGGCCCCAAAGCAAGUUGAAUCACUGGACUUGAAAGGAGACCUUAAGAAGAUGCAAACCCAGAUAAUUCCUAAGCAAGAUGCCAAGCAGGCUCCCAAAGGACAACAAGCCACAGCAGGCCCCAAACCCACCCAAGUCCAGCCACAAACUCAGUUGCAACAACCUCAGAAAACUCCAGAACAAUCUAGACGAUUCAGUCUUAAUGUAGGAGGUAUCACUGAUGCCCCUAAACCACAGCCAACGACCCCUCAAGAGACAGUUACGGGAAAGCUCUUUGGAUUUGGUGCUUCAAUUUUUAGUCAGGCUUCAAAUUUAAUCUCUACAGCGGGCCAGCCUGGAGCUUCACCACAGGCUCCUCCAUCUGGAUCCCCCUCAAAGCAGCCUCCUGCUCCAGCACAGCUGUCUGGCUCACAAAAGGACACCCGUCAAGCUCAACCAGCUCCCAAAGCAAUACCCAUGAAGAAAGAAGCAAAGCCUUCAGUGGCAGAAAAAUCAGAGCCACCCAAAGCAGCAAUUGUUAAAGAAACGGACGCAGAGAAGAAGCCUCCACCUGCCAAAGAUACCAAGCCUACAACUGUUAAAGCUAAGCAAAGUGUUGAUCCACAAGACAUUGUUCAGCCUUCACUGCCAGCAUCUGCUUGUCCUCUCUGUAAAACUGAACUAAAUGUCGUUUCUAAGGAUCCUCCCAACUACAAUACUUGUACAGAAUGCAAGAAUACAGUGUGCAAUCUCUGUGGAUUUAACCCGGUGCCACACAUAACAGAGGCACAAGAAUGGCUGUGUUUAAACUGCCAGACUCAAAGAGCCUUAUCAGGACAGCUUGGGGAUAUGAACAAAAUGACACCUCCUGUUGUUUCAAAAUCAUCACCCAAAUUAUCAGCUGCUCCUCAGAGCCAGGUUAAAUCUGCUGAGUCAUCUCAGCCACAGCAAACUAUAGCAAGACCUUCACAGGUACUGGAAAAACCAAAAAGAGGUCCAGAAAUUCAAAAGGAAGAUCCAAAGCAGGCCAGGUUAGCAAAGGUAAUUUCUGCUGAUAAAAUCCAGGAGAGUUUUCAUAAGGAAGAAAUAAAGCCUCAGCAAGAAAAACUGGCAAAAACAACAUCUUCUGAUCAAAUUCCAAAGGAAUUGCCAAAACCGACUGUGAAGCCAUUGGAAGAAAUUCAAAAGGAAGAGCCAAAGGAAGAGCCAAAGGAAGAUAUGACAAAAAGUUCUGAGAACAUUCAGAAGGAAGAUCUAAAACAUCAGGAGAUAAAAUUAGUCAAAACACCAUCUGCUGAUCAGAUUCGGAAGGAAGAUCCAAAGAUGCUGCAGGUGAAAAUCACUAAAACCAUGUCAGCUGAUCAGAUUCAGAAGGAGGAUCCAAAAGUCCAGCAGGUAAAAUUGGCAAAAAUACCAUCUGCUGACCAAAUUCGGAAGGAGGAUCCAAGGAUCCACCAGGUAAAAUUGGCAAAAAUACCGUCUGCUGACCAAAUUCGGAAGGAGGAUCCAAGGAUCCACCAGGUAAAAUUGGCAAAAAUACCGUCUGCUGACCAAAUUCGGAAGGAGGAUCCAAAGAUCCAGCAGGUUAAAUUGGCAAAAACACCAUCUGCUGAUCAGCUCUUACAGGAUGCUCAAAAAGAAGAUCCAAAACUUCAGCAAGAAAAAUUAACAAAAUUAGGCUCAGAUGAUGAAAUUAAGAAAAGCUAUCCAAAAUUUCAGCGGGCAAAACUGACCAAAAUACCUUCCGCUGAUCACAUUCCAAAGGAAGACUCAAAACUAACUGAGGCAAAAAUAAUGAAGGCAGAUUCUGCUGAUCAGCUUGCAAAUGUUGAACAGAAAAUUCAGGCGGUAAAGAAAGUAAAAGCACCUAUGAUGGAUUCAGUUUCUUCCAAGAUAGGUGGUGAUCAGGCAAGAGCGUUCCAGGAUGACACCAAGUUUCCACUGUCCCAGGAGUUUCCUUCACUUUCUGAGGCCAAACAGAAACCAGUAGAAAAGCAAUUUAGUGAAGAAAAGCUAGAAGCCAAAGUGCUUCCAGAAACAAGGAAGCAGGAAAAAAUUAAAAAAGAGGACCUAGUGUUGGGUAUUCCAGAAACUGUCUCCAAAGAUCAGAAAUACUCCAAAGUAGAAGUCUCAGCUCAGCCAAUGCCAUUGCCAAAGCCUGAUCAUGUGGAAAUGCUGAGAGAAAAAGCAGAGAAAGAAGAUGAUAAAUCGGAUGCAUCAAGCUCACAGCAGCAAAAAAGCCCACAAGGUCUGAGUGACACUGGAUACUCAUCUGAUGGUAUCUCAGGUUCACUUGGUGAAAUUCCCAGUCUUCUCCAAAGCGAUGAAAAAGAUGUUUUAAAAGAACCUUGUAAAAAAGAACCUCUUUCACAAGAAAGCAGCCCAACAAGUCCCUCUGAUCUUGCUAAGCUAGAGAGCACUGUCUUGUCAAUUUUGGAAGCUCAAGCAAGUACUCUUGCUGAAGAGAAAAAGACCAAAGACCUUUAUAGUGAAGAGGUGAAAGACUCACACACAACCAAGCUCCUGCCUAUCACACCAGAAUCCUACAGUUCUGAUGAAGAAGAUCUGGCAAAACAGAAUAUUCAUGGAAAAGAUAGAGGAGCCACUGAAGAAGGCAGUAAACAAACUGUAGCCUCUCGGAAGGGGUACAGACAGCAGGCAGAGACAACAGAAGAUGCAUCCACUAGAAGGCAACGUUAUGACUCCAUAGAAGAUAGCAGUGAAAGUGAGAACUCACCUGUCCCACAGAGAAAAAGACGGGCAAGUGUUGGUUCCUCAAGCAGUGAUGAAUAUAAACCUGAAGACAGCCCAGGUUCAGGGGAUGAUGAAGAUUUCAUUAGAAAACAGAUCAUGGAAAUGAGUGCUGAUGAAGAUGCUUCAGGAUCCGAAGAUGAGGAAUUCAUCAGGAAUCAGCUGAAAGAAAUCAGUGCCAAUGAAAGUCAGAAGAAGGAAGAAAUUAAAAGUAGAAAGGGGACUGGUGGCAAACAUAAGAGGAUGACACGCAAAAGUAGCACAGGCUAUGAAGAGGAUGCUGGCAGACGUCAUUCCUGGCAUGAUGAUGAUGAUGAGACAUUUGAUGAGAGCCCAGAACCAAAAUACAGGGAAACAAAAAGUCAAGACAGUGAAGAAAUUACUGUAACUGGAGGAGGAGGUCUUCGUCGUUUCAAAACUAUAGAACUUAACAGUACAAUUACAAAUAAAUAUUCUGAGGAAACAGAACAGCCAAAGAGAAGUCUAUAUUAUGAUGAAGAGCCAGAGUUAGAGAUGGAGAGUCUCACAGAUUCACCAGAAGAUAGGUCAAGGGGAGAAGGAUCUUCUAGUUUACAUGCCUCCAGUUUUACUCCAGGUACAUCACCUACAUCUGUGUCUUCCCUCGAUGAAGACAGUGACAGCAGUCCAAGUCACAAAAAAAUGGGAGGAGAAAGUAAACAGCAGCGUAAAGCCAGACAUAGAACUCAUGGUCCCCUCCUUCCAACUAUUGAAGAUUCUUCUGAAGAAGAAGAGCUUAGGGAAGAGGAAGAACUGCUAAAAGAGCAAGAGAAACAGCGUGAACUUGAGCAACAACAAAGAAAGAGCUCUAACAAAAAAUCUAAAAAGGACAAGGAUGAGCUCAGAGCCCAGAGAAGAAGAGAACGGCCAAAGACACCACCCAGUAAUCUUUCUCCCAUUGAGGAUGCUUCACCAACAGAAGAAUUGCGGCAGGCAGCAGAAAUGGAAGAACUACAUCGAUCUUCCUGUUCUGAAUAUUCACCAAGUAUUGAGUCAGACCCUGAAGCUUUUGAAAUCAGUCCUGAAAAAAUAAUUGAAGUGCAGAAGGUCUAUAAGUUACCUACAGCUGUCUCUUUAUAUUCUCCCACAGAAGAACUGCCUGUUGGCCUGGUCAAAGAAGACAGCAGCCAAAAGACUAUAAAAAGUGCUGAAGAAGUGUAUGAAGAAAUCUUGCACACAUCUCAAAAAGCCAAGUCAUUUCUAGAUGCAAAUGAAAAAGAUGAAGUGUUUGAAAAAGAGCCAUUGUAUGGAGGCAUGCUAAUAGAGGACUAUAUUUAUGAAUCUUUAGUAGAAGAUGCAUACAGUGGGGGUAUGGAUGGUAGCCUCAUAACAAAACAAGAUGAGUGUGAUGACUUUGGCAAAGAGAAAGACAAAGAGAAAAAAACAGAGUCUGCUGAUGAGAAAUAUGGAGAACCUAUGCAAAAAUCUACCAAUGUACAAAAAGAGUAUUAUAGGAUAGAGCCUUUACAUUCAAUUAUGCCCCAAGAAGACAUUGUGUCUAGCUCUUACAUCAUGCCUGAAAGCCAUGAGAUAAUCGUAUUGGACAGUGUGGCUCCCUCUACAAGUGAUGAAAAGCAGCUGUUGGAUGCAGAUGCAGCUUAUGAGGAGCUAAUGAAGCGGCAAGGAAUGCAGUUGACCCCAGGCUCUAGUCCUACCCAGUCAUCUCCUGAACCAAUUUCUGUCUCAGAUACAAAGACAAGUACAUCUGGAGGGACCACAGACAGGACGUCACUGACAUCAAGCACUUCAGAAGUGCAAGACAUACCUUCAGUGAGCCCCGCAGUACUUCCCAUUCCAGAUGUUAAAAUUACUCAGCACUUUACAACUGAAGAAAUAGAAGAUGAAUAUCUUACAGAUUAUACGCGGGAGAUUGAAGAAAUAAUUGCCCAUGAAACAUCCAUAUUGGCAUAUUCUGAGGCUUCAGAAAGCACCACAUCUGUUUUACCUUCAGAUACAUCUUCUCUUACAUCAUCUACAUCUUCAGUGUACACCACUGGUAGUUCUUCCCCUGUGGCUGGGCCAGAUGGAAUGGGUUCAGGUUACAUAGAAACAGUGGAUGCAAUUAGCAAGUUAUCAGAUUCUGAAGGGACCAGUUCAGUGACCCAAGUUCCUAUAAGUUCCACAAAAGAGAACUCUUUACCUAUUGUGCUACCCUCUAAGGAAACCCCUGUAGCUAAAAGUGUAACUCAUACAGAUCAGGUUAUGGUUUCUCAGUCUGAAAUUGACUACUUUGUCUCAUCAUCCAUAGAAACAAAGCAAAAGCCCUUUGUCUCUACUGCCUUGGAAUUUUUCCCACCGAAAGAUGACACAGCUAUGAGAAAUGAUGUUGUGAAGGGGCUUUAUGAAAGCAAUCAGGCAAGAGCCCUUGUUAGUGUAACAUCAACAAGUAUAACAGAGGUUAAAUCUGACCAGAAAUGUAUGUAUACAGCUCCACCUACAGAACCAGCAGCAGUAUUAUUUUCUGUUCCUUCUACUAUGUCUGUGUUGCCACCUGAACCUUCUUCAGCUUCCACAAUUGCUUCCAAAACAUCCUCAUUUCUCAGAAGCUCUUCUUCAGACUCUCCUGCUUGGCCGUCUCUGCCCUCUCCCUCUCUCCCUGCUCAGCCAUCUCUGCCACCACCACCACCACCACCGCUGCCACCACCUCCCCCUCCCCCUCCCCCUCCCCCCCCUCCUCCCCCACCUAUUCUGCCUAAGCCAGCUGUUUAUCCUAAAAAGAAGCCAGUGCCUAAGGCUCCAGUGGCAGCAAUUCCCACCGUGCUACCAUCUGUCAGCAGUGUCAAAACAGCAGAGACAACAUUUGCUAUAAAACCCAGCGGGUCACCUGUCACAAAAAUAUACACAGCAACCCCUCCUCCUGUCCCACCCAAGCCAGCUUCAAUUCCAGCAGGACUUGUGUUCACUCACAGAUCUGCUGAAAUCAUAAAACCUCCCAUUGCUCCCAAACCAAUCAUUCCUCAGCUGCCAGCCACUGUUCAUAAACCAGCAGAAACACAGCCCAAACCAGCAGGUUUGCCUUUAACCAGUAGCAUGACUUUGAACUUAGUUUCCCCUGCUGAGUACAAGUUGGCAUCCCCUACAUCCCCAUUGUCUCCACAUUCUAAUAAGUCUUCUCCAAGAUUGGCUAAACCCUCUCAGGAAACCUAUGUUGUCAUCACAUUGCCCUCUGAACCUGGAACUCCGACAGAGCCUAUAACCUGCGAGGCAGUGACCAGCUGGCCUUCAGCAUCACCUCUGAAAGAACAGGCUCCUCAAAUGGUAGAAUCAUUAUUUACUCCAUCUGUGAGUGCUCUGCAAAUGCAAAGCAUAACUGACCAAAGAAAGUAUGUUCCUGGUGCUUUGCAAAGUAUUCCUUCUAUUCCUAUCACUGCACGGUCCAUUUUUGAGAUAGUUCCUAGUUCAACAACAGAGUUAAUAACAACAGAGAUGGCUAGGACUACAGUGUCCUUGGUCAAAAAUGCUGGUUUAGGUAGUGUUUCCAUAACUAUUCCCCCUGAGCCAGCACAUCUAAUAGAACCACCCAGAUAUAGAGAGAAUGGAAGAUUUCAUGUUUUUGGAGAUGUCAUUGAUCUUCGCACCUUGACAAAGAUAGACAUUGAAAGGACAGACAGCUGUAUGGACCUCUCUGCUGCCCCUACGGAUGUGAGAAAGCAAAUUAUGACAAGUGACACUUCUGGCCGGCCAGUAAGCACCAUUCAACCAGCUAUCAUAAAUCUUAGUACUGUAUCAACAGCUCCAAUCUCUGAAACAAUUACAAUUGUGACUUGCACAGCUACUGUAAGUUAUAGUACAAGUACAGAAAGUUUGGUAGAUCUGGGGCAUGCAAUGACAACACCACUGCAGCUGACAACAUCCAAACAUUUUGAACCUGGAUCUAGAGUAACUGCUAGUCAGCCACUCUCUGCCAGCAGGGACGAAGUGCCAAUAAAUCUGUCCCUUAGUACUCCAGCUCAUGCAGUUACCUGGGCCACUACAAAGCCUGUUACUGUACCUCUGGUGGGUGUAACCAGUGGUUGGACUGAUACUUCCACUACUCUUGAUUCAAUGGAGAGUGAAGUAGUUGACCUCCGCACCACAAAAUCCCACAGAACCAUGGUCUCGGUGGAUAAAACUACUUCCGGAAUUGUUACCACUGUAAUAGAAGAUGAUGAAAAACCUGUGGACCUGACUGCAGGGAGAAGGGCUGUUUGUUGUGAUGUGAUUUAUAAGUUGCCAUUUGGCAGGAGCUGUACAGCUCAAGCACCUGCAACAACAUUACCCGAAGAUCGUUUUGGUUACAGAGAUGAUCACUAUCAGUAUGACCGCUCAGGGUCCUAUAGUUAUAGAGGCAUUGGGGGUAUGAAACCUUCAAUGUCAGAUACCAAUUUAUCAGAAGCGGGACUUUUUCUGUACAAAAGCAAGAAUGCAUUUGAGUACCAAGUCGGGACAACUGAUGUAGCAGUAGACUUAACAUCUGGCAGAGUAACGACAGGUGAAAUUGUGGAUUAUUCAAGCAAGAUUGCUAGUCCUUAUCCAGAGACUCGGCAAGUGAUUUCUGGUAUUGGGAUCAGUGCACCUCAAUAUUCCCAAGCAAGAAUAGUAUCAUCAUUAGGAUCUCCAUAUGGCCUUGGAAGUGUUUUGAGAUCAUCCAAUGGGGUGGUUUAUUCCUCAGUUGCAACUCCAGUGCCAUCUACAUUUGCCAUCACCACACAACCUGGUUCUAUUUUCAGUACUUCUGUUAGAGACCUGUCUGCCCUCCAUACAGUUGACACAAUGCCCUCAUUAUCAAGCUUACAGCAGAGCCAGGUACUUCCAAGAUCAUACAAUUUCCUGACAACGGUGGCCUCUGAAAAAGAUAGUGCACUUACUGGCAUUGACAUUGACCCAGGGUUGCAACCUCUUCCUUUAGAAACUAUUACAACUGAGCCAACCACCUUAAUGCCUGUCUUCACUACAGCUUCUGAAGCAUUUGUAGAUGUAAUUGAAGAUGAAGCUGCACUCCUCAUUGCCCCUGAAGAAGGCAAACAACAGCAUCUUGACUUAGAACGUGAGCUUCUAGAGCUUGAAAAACUGAAGCAGCAGCGUUUUGCAGAAGAACUAGAGUGGGAACGUCAAGAAAUACAACGGUUCAGAGAACAAGAGCAGUUCAUGGUUCAAAAGAAGCUGGAAGAAUUGCAUUCGAUGAAGCAUCACCUCCUGUAUCAACAAGAGGAAGAGAGGCAGGCUCAGUUCAUGAUGAGACAGGAAACACUAGCUCAGCAGCAACUACACAUUGAACAAAUCCAGCAGCUUCAGCAGCAGCUUCACCAGCACUUAGAAGAACAAAAGAUACACCAGAUCUAUCAGUAUAAUUAUGACCCUUCUGGAACUGUGUCCCCACAAACAACCACAGAUCAAGUUAUGCUUGAAGGUCAGUAUGCUGCAGCCAACAGCCAGUAUUGGACUGGUGAUGAAGCCACCACCAGUGCAUCUGCUGUACUGGAGAUUGAAAUUCCAGAAAGCCAAGCGUGGUACACAGUUCAGUCUGAUGGUGUUACUCAGUACAUUCCCAGGCCAGGCAUGCUAACUUCUGUUUCAGAGUUGUCUCUUAAAGACAUUGAUGUGAGAGAGGAAAAACAGUUGAAAAAGAGAAGUUCCAUGCCAAAGCUGCGUGGCCCAUAUGAGGAACUGAGCAAUGCCAUGGAAGAAGAGCCCAGGUGUCUUAAAAAGAUAGUAGAGAGUGGCGUUCAGACUGACGAUGAAGAUAGUGCAGACAUUGCCUAUGCAGAUAGGAGACGGAGAACGAAAAAGAGUGUUGAUACAAGUGUUCAGACGGAUGAUGAGGACCAAGAGGAAUGGGAUCCUUCCAGCAGAGCAAGGAGGAAGACUCGUGUGGGGAAAUAUGAAGGUACCACUGAGGUGGACAAGUCUAAGCCAUUUUCCAAAGUCUCCAGCAUUGCAGUGCAGACCGUGGCAGAGAUCUCUGUACAAACAGAGCCUGUAGGGACAAUUAGGACCCCAUCAGUAAGAGCUCAGUUGGAUGCAAAGAUAGAAAUAAUAAAACACAUUUCAGCUCCAGAAAAGACAUACAAAGGAGGAAGUUUGGGAUGUCAGACAGAAACAGAUUCAGACUCCCAAAGCCCUCCAUACCACACAGCUACCUCCCCUCAGAAAGAUAAAAAGCGUCCAACACCAUUAGAAAUAGGUUAUUCUGCCCACCUCCGACCAGAACCCACUCUUCAGGUAGCCCCUUCCCCUCCCAAAUCCCCCAAAGUACUCUAUUCUCCCAUUUCACCUGUUUCUCCGGCUGCAGUUAUAGAGUCAGCAUUUGUGCCCUAUGAAAAGCCUAUUGCUGAAGACCUUAGUCCUCAGAAGGUUCUGCAUGCUGAUGUCACCAAGGUUCCUCCGCUGAGCCCCAAGUCUGCCAAGGUGAUGCAGCGCUCUUUGUCUGACCCUAAGCCUCUGAGCCCAACAGCCGAAGACCCUUCCAGAGCUCAUUUCCAGUACACUGAUGGGUUCCUGCAGACCAAGGGACCUUCAAGUGCAGCACCAUCAGGAAUGCAAAAGAAGGUCAAGAGGACUCUACCCAACCCACCUCCAGAAGAUGUUGCAGUAGGAACACAAUCUGCCUUCACCACUGUGGGGUCAGUUUCACGUCGAAGGAUCUGUAGAAGCAAUACCAUGGCAAGAGCUAAAAUUCUUCAGGAUAUAGAUAGAGAACUGGAUCUAGUAGAACGAGAGUCAGCCAAACUUCGGAAGAAGCAAGCAGAGCUAGAUGAGGAAGAGAAAGAAAUUGAUGCCAAGCUUCGUUAUCUAGAAAUGGGCAUCAAUCGACGAAAAGAAGCAUUGCUAAAAGAAAGAGAAAAGAGGGAGCGUGCCUACCUUCAGGGAGUAGCCGAAGAACGUGAUUACAUGUCUGACAGCGAAGUCAGCAGCACCAGGCCUACCAGGAUAGAAUCUCAGCAUGGCUUGGAAAGACCAAGGACUGCACCUCAAACAGAAUUUGAUCAGUUUAUACCCCCUCAGACCCAACCAGAAACUCAGUUCACCACUCCUACAAGUCCUUAUACUCAGUAUCAGUACUCUUCACCUGCCCUUCCUACUCAAGCACCGACUCAGUACACCCAGCAGUCUCAUUACCAGCAGCAGCCACCUUUAUAUCAACAGCAAGUUUCUCCUUAUCAGACCCAGUCAGCAUUCCCAACUGUGGCAACCAUGUCAUUCACACCCCAAGCUCAGGCACCACCAACCCCACAACCUUCUUAUCAGCUCUCCUCACAGUUAAUGGUGAUCCCACAAAAAACAAGGCAAACUUCAUUAUACUUAGAGCCCAAGAUAACAACAAACUAUGAUGUGAUUCGCAAUCAGCCUCUCAUGAUCGCACCUGCAUCUUCUGAUAACACUUAUGCAGUGUCCCAUUUAGGUAGUAAAUACAGCACCUUAGACUUAAGGUUGGGGUUGGAUGAGAGGAGCAGCAUGGCCAGUAGUCCCAUCUCAAGCAUAUCUGGUGACUCCUUUUAUGCUGACAUUGACCACCACGCAUCACGUAAUUAUGUGCUGAUUGAUGAUAUUGGGGAUCUUGCUAAAGGAACAUCAGCUCUAAGCUCUGCUUACAGUCUACAUGAAAAGGAUCUGAGCAAAACUGAUAGGCUUCUCCGAACUACUGAAGCCAGAAGGGUACAAGAAGUCUCAGAUUUACUUGCACCAUUGCAAACAUCUUCACGCUUGCACAGCUACAUGAAAACUGAUGAAGACCCAAUGGAAGAUCCUUAUGAACUGAAGCUUCUAAAACACCAAAUCAAGCAGGAGUUUCGAAGAGGUGCUGAAAGUCUGGAUCACCUAGCUGGCCUUUCACAAUAUUACCAUGCAGAUACUAGCUACAGACAUUUCCCCAAAUCUGAGAAAUACAGCAUUAGCAGGCUUACCUUAGAGAAACAAGCUGCUAAACAGCUUCCAGCAGCCCUCCUUUACCAGAAGCAGUCAAAGCACAAGAAGGCUUUGAUAGAUCCCAAAUUAUCUAAAUUCUCACCCAUCCAGGAAAGCAGGGACCUUGAGCUUGAUUAUUCAACCUACUUAACUUCCAGCUCAUCAUCACUUGGAGGCAUCACCUCCAGAGCAAGGCUUCUCCAGGAUGAUAUAACAUUUGGCCUUCGAAAAAAUAUCACAGACCAACAGAAGUACAUGGGGCCAGCACUAACACAUUCCCUUGGCACAAGCCUUGGGGCUGCACUAAGUGCAACAAUGAGAUCCACCUUACAGGACGAUGCAGACAAAGCCUAUGGCAGCAGCAGUAGAUCCAGGCCUUCCUCCCGGCCAUCAUCAGUCUAUGGGCUUGACUUAUCUCUAAAGAGAGAUUCAUCAAGCUCUUCUUUAAGAUUGAAGGCCCAAGAGGCCGAACCACUGGAUGUUUCCUUCAGCCAUGCAGCCCCCUCUGGAAGAACGAAACCCACCAGCCUACCUAUAAGUCAGAGUAGGGGAAGAAUCCCUAUAGUAGCACAGAAUUCAGAAGAAGAAAGUCCUUUAAGUCCUGUGGGGCAGCCAAUGGGAAUGGCAAGAGCUGCAGCUGGGCCAUUGCCACCUAUAUCUGCAGACACUAGGGACCAGUUUGGAUCAAGCCAUUCAUUGCCCGAAGUCCAACAGCACAUGAGGGAAGAAUCACGAGCUCGAGGCUAUGACCGGGAUAUAGCCUUCAUCAUGGAUGACUUCCAGCAUGCCAUGUCAGACAGUGAAGCCUACCAUCUGCGCCGGGAAGAAACAGAUUGGUUCGACAAGCCCCGGGAAUCUCGUUUGGAGAAUGGACAUGGCUUUGACAGAAGACUACCAGAUAAGCUAGCCCAUUCAAGACCACCAAGUCAGCAUCAAGACCAAAUUAAUGGGAAGCCUAUCCAAUACAUCUUUCCCCAUGCAAGACUGAAAAUGCCAAGGGACCCAAAGGAUCACUCAGUUUCAGGCAAUGGACUUGGAAUACGAGUUGUAGGUGGGAAAGAAAUUCCUGGAACCAAUGGAGAAAUUGGUGCUUACAUUGCUAAGAUCCUACCUGGUGGAAGUGCUGAGCAAACAGGGAAACUUAUGGAAG